CUCCGGGCGCGCGUGGGCCCGCAGCAGCUGCCUCCGGACCUCGCCUCGGCCCAGGGCCGGGCCUCGCGCGCCCAUGGCUGGCUCGGAGCAGCAGCGGCCGCGGCGGCGGGACGACAGAGACUCGGACGCCGCGGCGGCGCCCCUGCAGGACGCGGAGCUGGCCCUGGCCGGCAUCAACAUGCUGCUCAACAACGGCUUUAGGGAGUCGGACCAGCUUUUCAAACAAUACAGGAAUCAUAGCCCACUGAUGAGUUUUGGAGCCAGCUUUGUCAGUUUUUUGAAUGCCAUGAUGACAUUUGAGGAGGAAAAAAUGCAGUUGGCGUGUGAUGACUUGAAAACCACAGAAAAGCUGUGUGAAAGUGAAGAGGCUGGAGUCAUUGAAACAAUCAAGAAUAAAAUUAAGAAGAAUGUUGAUGUCCGCAAAUCCACUCCCUCUAUGGUUGAUCGGCUUCAAAGGCAGAUUAUCAUAGCUGACUGUCAGGUGUAUCUGGCUGUGCUUUCCUUUGUCAAACAAGAAUUGUCAGCUUACAUUAAAGGUGGGUGGAUCCUUAGGAAAGCCUGGAAGAUUUACAAUAAAUGCUAUCUGGACAUCAAUGCCCUUCAGGAGCUGUAUCAGAAGAAGCUAACUGAAGAGCCUUCGACUUCUGACACUGCAAAUGAUAAUCACAUUGUGGCUGAAGGGGUGACUGAGGAGUCCCUAAACAGACUGAAAGGUGCUGUUAGCUUUGGAUAUGGCCUUUUUCACCUUUGCAUAUCCAUGGUGCCCCCAAACCUGCUCAAAAUCAUCAAUCUGCUGGGGUUUCCUGGAGACCGCCUGCAGGGGCUUUCUUCACUGAUGUAUGCAAGCGAAAGUAAGGACAUGAAGGCCCCUUUAGCUACAUUAGCUCUGCUCUGGUAUCACACUGUGGUUCGCCCGUUUUUCGCCUUGGAUGGCAGUGAUAACAGAGCGGGCCUGGAUGAAGCGAAGGAAAUUCUUCUCAAAAAAGAAUCUGCAUAUCCAAAUUCUUCCCUCUUUAUGUUUUUCAAGGGACGGAUCCAACGAUUAGAGUGUCAAAUCAACAGUGCCUUGACUUCUUUCCAUACUGCUUUGGAGCUUGCAGUAGAUCAGAGAGAAAUUCAACAUGUCUGUCUGUAUGAAAUUGGUUGGUGCAGCAUGAUCGAACUCAACUUCAAGGAUGCAUUUGAUUCCUUUGAGAGGCUGAAAAAUGAGUCCAGGUGGUCACAGUGUUAUUAUGCGUAUUUGACUGCAGUCUGCCAGGGAGCCACUGGUGAUGUGGAUGGGGCACAGAUCGUCUUUAAAGAGGUUCAGAAACUCUUCAAAAGGAAAAACAACCAGAUCGAACAGUUCUCGGUGAAAAAGGCAGAGAGAUUCCGGAAACAAACCCCAACCAAAGUGCUGUGUGUGCUGGCGUCCAUCGAGGUCUUAUACCUGUGGAAAGCCCUUCCCAACUGCUCCUUCCCCAACCUGCAGAGGAUGAGUCAAGCUUGCCACGAAGUGGAUGAUUCAUCUGUUGUUGGAUUAAAGUAUUUGCUUCUUGGUGCCAUUCACAAAUGUCUAGGAAACUCAGAAGAUGCCCUUCAGUUCUUUCAGCGAGCUGCUAAAGAUGAGGUGUGUCGUCAGAACAAUUUGUAUAUUCAGCCAUAUGCUUGCUAUGAACUUGGCUGUCUUCUAUUAGACAAACCAGAGACUGUAGGAAGAGGGCGAACUCUACUUCUUCAAGCAAAGGAGGAUUUCUCUGGCUACGACUUUGAAAACAGAUUGCACGUCCGCAUCCAUGCUGCUCUGGCCUCUCUGAGGGAAUUGGUUCCUCAGUGACAGACCUGGAGUGACCCCUCUGUCCCUCCCCCCCAAGGGUCUGCACUUUAAAAUAAAAGCAGAGGACAAAGCACUUGUGAAGAUCGACUUUUCUUCUGCAAACCACCUGUGCCAGGGACACAUUUUCUCAAUGAGGCUGACAUAUUAAAGAUCUCCUCUUUUAAACAUGUAUCGAAAAUAAUAAUGAUGAUGACAAUAACAAUAACUAACCACCUGGGGAGAGGGUUAAGUGACCUUGUUCCAACAUUUUAGUUUUGUGAUUUAUUAUUUUUAAAAUAAAAUCAAACUCAA